AUGGAAUGCUUGCGCAACAACUUUCAAGAUGGCGUUGUGCUCGGUGGGAGGUUUCAAACCAUCUCGCCUCUCAACCAUGGAUCUUUCGGAAUGGUCUUCAUGGCGAGGGAUCUUCAGACCAACGACAUUGUCGCCGUCAAAUGCCUAACCAAAAAGGCAGCUGCGAACGAUCUCGGAAUCGACUUUGCCGUGGAUGAUCAGUCGGAAGAACUAUUCUGCCAUCGCGUCCUGGGUGCUCACCCCAACAUUGUCAGCCUCAUCGAUACAUUCGAGACGGACGCUCACGUCUAUCUGGCCCUGGAAUUCUGCUCUCGCGGCGACCUCUAUGAAGCGAUCCGCACUGGUUACGGGCCGUUGGAGACGGAGCACGUUCGCCGUUUCAUGCUAGAGUUGGUGGAUGCCGUAUCGUACAUGCAUUCCAAGGGUAUCUACCAUCGGGACAUCAAGCCCGAGAACAUCUUUUUGACCGAGAACGGUUCCAUGAAAUUGGGUGACUUUGGUCUGGCAACAACAGACAAGUGGUCGUAUGAGUCAACUGUCGGAAGCGACCGCUACAUGGCUCCAGAGCAAUACGAUUCAGCUGGCGCUGGCUAUUCGCCAAUUCAGGCUGAUAUCUGGGCCAUCGGCAUUUGCCUGUUGAACAUCCUGUUUUCGAGGAACCCUUUUACCACUCCCACAGAGGCCGACCCCUUGUUCCUUGAUUUCUCCCGGGACAAGCAGUCUCUUUUUGACGUCUUUCCGACCAUGUCACAAGACACAUACGAAGUCAUCGUCGAGUGCAUGAAUCUGGAUCCUACCAAACGAUCUCUCGUCGGUGUCAAGAACGCGCUCCGACGUGUCGUCAGCUUCACCACGCUUGAGGAAGAAGACGAUGACUUCUGCUGCGGCGAUCGUCCUUCCAUUGCCACGGCAAACCGCGAGCCUCUCCGCACACCAUCCAUCCAAAGCCCCCAAUUGGAGCAGGGUUCCUUCCCCUGGGCCAAGGCCUUGCACGCCACCUCACCUCGUCCAAUUCGGCAACUCAGCGCUAUUCCGGACGACGAGAGCUACACCGAGGACCUAUUCCCCAAGUCCGAGGGAACCGUGGACUGGAUGUCUUCAGCACAGACACCAUCAAUUUCAUCUGUUCUGACAUCCAGCCUUGGAGCGUCCAUCAACUCGCUCACAGCCGGUCGGCACAUGAACAUGCCCAUGCGAACAGCUCCUAGGGUGUCGCCUAUGGCCGGUUCUCUGCCCAUUACCAUGUCGCGGACCAAGCCUAACCUCAGCGCUAUGUCUGUGGUGUUUGGUCGUCCGAAGGAAGCUGUGUCCAAGAGCUGGAGCGACAUGUGGGAAGAGGACGAGGAAGAUGAAGCAGAGCUUGAUCGUCAAAUUCAAGCUCUGAAGGAGCUCAAUGCGAGAUCUUGGAGUCAGGAUAGCAAGAGAGAAGCCACGCCGACGCUGCAGAAUUCGGUACCCGUGGCCCAGGCCCCAACUCUUGGUCAUCAGAAGUCAGCAGCUUCACCCGUGCGUGAUACCUUCAACGACAUCGACGGAGAUCUCGUCGCGGAUGGGUUCUUCUUUCAACAUGAGCCAACGCCAGUGAAGCAGACCGACCAGUUUUCUUCUCGAUACUCUCCAGCUUCUAAGCACAACGCCGUUGAUAAAUGGGCCGCGCUCGGAGAACGGCGCCGAGCCGUUGCGGGAUCUUCAGAGACAGAGAGAUCGCCGGAUAACUCCAAGUUCCGACGACAGUUCGGACUUGGAUUUGCAGCUGCCCCAGCAACUGGGAUAGGGAUUAUGGACCACGCCACGCAUAACCACAAUCAUAACAAGUGGAAUUGGAACUUGAACAAGGAACGUACCACGGUGGGCGAUUGCCCGUGGACAAAGGGCCGUGAUUGGAACUGGCGCAAGGAGAAGCGUCACGAUUUCGGCGACGUUGAGUGGGUUGGCAAUUGGCAGGCGGCUCAUUAA